UUUGAAUCUUCUACCAUAUUUCCUCAAACAAUGAGUGGAGGACCUCAGCAAGUACUUCUCUCCACGCCUCCUUACGAUCUCAUAAUCUUAGGAGCUACCGGUUUCACAGGCAAGUACAUUGUCCGCGAAGCUCUCAAAUUCCUCAACCCAUCCUCUUCUUCUCCUCUCAAAUCUCUCGCACUUGCCGGUCGAGACCACGCCAAACUCACCAAUGCCCUCAAAUGGGCAGCUCAUCCCCUACCUUCGCCACCUAUUCCCCUCCUUAUCUCUGAUAUCACCAAACCCCAAUCCAUUCGCCACCUCUGCACUCAAACCAAGCUCAUUUUGAACUGUGUCGGGCCGUUUCGUCGAUACGGGGAGCCGGUAGUUGCGGCAUGCGUGGAGACCGGGUGCGAUUACUUGGAUAUAUGUGGGGAGCCAGAGUUUAUGGAGAGAAUGGAGGCAAAGUAUGAUGGGAGGGCGGUUGAGACCGGGAGUUUGGUGGUUUCUGGAUGUGGGUUCGAUUCGAUUCCGGCGGAAUUGGGUUUGAUAUUCAAUUUGAGGCAUUGGGUUGGGAAAUCAACGCCGAGUUGGGUUGAAGCAUAUGUGAAUGUGGAGUGUAGUGAAGGAAUGACUUAUAAUUUUGGGACUUACGAAUCGGCUGUUUUGGGUGUGGCUAAUGCCGAUGCAUUGGUUCAAUUGAGACGAUCAAGGCCCCCUAGACGUCGCCCAAAGUUUACUGGUGGUGCUCCUCCAAAAGGACCAUUAAUAGAGCACAAAAAGGAGAUAGGGCUUUGGGCAGUAAGAAUACCUUCAGCUGAUUCAAGUGUAGUUAGAAGAACACUCUCUACUUUAGCUCAAAACCCCCAACAGAUCAAACACAUGAACACUUUCUGGUCGUCGGUGAAGCCAGCUCGCUUCAUAGUAAAAAUCGGCACGAAAUCCUUUCUCGAAAUCCUACGAUGCGUUGCAACUGGGAUGUUCAUAGGGAUGUUUGCUAAAAACCCAUUUGGAAGGUGGCUUCUCUUAACAUUCCCUUCAAUUUUUACCCUUGGUUUGUUCAACAAGAAGGGUCCUUCAGAAGACGAAGUGAAUAAUGGGUCAUUCAAAAUGUGGUUUGUGGGACAUGGGUUUGAUGAUAAUGGGAAUGAUAAGGAAAUAGUGACGAGAAUAAUGGGGCCAGAGCCUGGGUAUAUAACCACUUCAAUAAUACUUAUUCAAUGUGCUUUCGUUCUUCUAGCUAAACGUCAUGUUAUGCCUAAAGGAGGAGUUUUAACUCCUGGUAUUGUGUUUGGACCAUCUCAUCUUCAACAACAAAGACUCCAGGAGAAUGGUAUAUCUUUUGAUGUUAUUUCAAAUCAUAAUGAUGAUAAGUUGGAGAAAUGAUGUGUGUGAUUUAGAAAUAAAUAAAUUAUUGUUGUGUUUUUCAAUAAUAAAUAAAUAUAACUUCUCUCCUUUGUU